AUGAAUACGACAGAAGACUUGGACUCGUUUUUGUUCUGGGGUCUGCACGACCAAGGCGUCACUCUUGGGUACCUCAUGGUCAACAUCGUCCUCUUCAUCAUCGGAGUGUUCGUCAUCUUCCUCAACGCCGUCGUCUUCUACUCAAUGACUCGAGAACACCCCUCGGACGACGACGUCAGCAACUACAUAAUUGCCAACCUUUCCGUCUCGGACAUGAUUACAGGUAUGUUUGUUAUAUAUUCGGUGGCCUACAAUCUCGUCAACUUCCAGUCAAAGGUGGAGUGCUACAUCAGACUCGGAUUCGUCCACUUCUUCUCCCAGUCCUCGGUCUUUCACCUGGUCCUUCUAACCGCCGACAGAUACGUGAAGAUCAUAUUCCCUUAUAAACACCCGAUCAUAUUCAAACGAAUGUCAAUUGUCUACGUAUCAGCGAUCAUAUGGUGUUUUUCAUUCCUCUACGGAGCCUUGCCCAUCAUGGGCUGGCAUAAGGAACUGAUACCCGGAGGAGUCCCUUGUAGUUAUUUGGGGACGCUUAGUAACGGAUUCAUGCAUCUGACGUUGGUUACGUUUUUCUCUCCGAGUUUCAUGCUCAAUGUGAUGUACGCUCAUAUAUUCGUGGUGGCCAGGAAGCACCAGAGAGCUAUACAUAACCUGGAGGUGGGUCCGGACAGUCGGGGAUUUGACAAGAAGAGCUGGAAAUUAACCAAGACCGUCGUCAUCAUCAGCGGAGCUUACAUAGCGUGUUGGACACCAUUGGGAAUUGUCAUAAUGCUGUAUCUGUACGGAUAUCUACGAGGGAUGACGUCAGAGGAAACUAGCAGCUACAUCGUCUACAGCAGCAUCCCCGCCUACUGCAACGCCCUCGUGAACCCGAUCAUCUACGCGUUCAAACUUCCGGUCGUCAAGAAAUACUACAAGCGCCUGUUUUGUUCGUGUGUGUGUCGUCCCGUUCGACAUGGGUCCCCGCACGGAACAAGUGUGUCGAACCACCAGACAUCAUCAUACCCACACCAGUAG